GUUUGCGGAGAUAGCAGCUGGACAAGGUAGGGGAAAACACUGAUUAACUCUGAGGAAUGCGUUGUCAAAAAGGUUUAACACUCGGCUGUUUGAGUGGGGGUUACACAGGGUGAGAAAUGGAGAGAGGGGAAGGUCAGGACACAAGCAGGGGUCUGUCUAAUCUGGCCCUCCUCCUCCUCGUCCCCCAUCCUGUUUACCUGCUUGAAGGAUUUGAAUGGAGCCCUGUGUGUGCUCAUGUAUAAGGUAGGGGGUAGGGAGAGUGGAAAAAGGGACGGCCAUCACUACACCUCCUUCUCAGAGACGGCAGAAGGGAACAAAAAACCUUCACCAAGAGAACAAAAACUGCCAUUGGAUCAUUUAGUGCGUUCUCAUACAGACAUGUUUUGCAAACUCUGGCUUGCUGUUUCACUGUGGCUUUUGCUGCCAACUUCCAACGCCGGAAGGCAGAUGCCUAAACUUGCUGACAAGAAACUCUGCGCUGACUCUGAAUGCAGCUAUCCUAUCUUGAUAGCUCGUGCACUGCAGGAUUACUACCCUGGAGAUUGCAGGUUCAUCCCCAUCAGACAGGGGCAACUCAUCUAUGUCUAUGCAAUGCUAAAGGACAGAGGGAACCUUUUCUGGGCUGGCAGUGUACAAGACUCUUAUUAUGGGCAGCAGGAGGCUCGCAUUGGCCACUUCCCCAGCAGCAUAGUGGAGGAGACACACCCUCUCAUGCCAGCCAGCACCGAAGUCAAGACUACUGAAUGGGACUUCUACUGUUACUGAUAAGGAGAACAACCUUCUUGUUGACAACUUCCCUUCCACUUUAUUUGGUAUCAUAUGAUCUUACAUAAUAUAUGACAGUACGUAGGUAUCCACAGCAUUCAUAAUCUGCACUUUAGAAAAUGAGGAUAAUAGCUCUAUACAGAAACAGUUCAAAGCACUGAAGAAAGAACCAUUGUUGCUUAACGCUCCAGAUUUGACUUAUUGUGUCUCUUUUCUUCUCCAUCAUACCAAUUAUAUAUAUUUUGCAGGUAUGACAAGUAUUAAGUGUAAGUGUAAAAGUGAAAUAAUGUGUUUUAAAAAGGUUUCACAAUUAUAAAUUAUGCAUAUCUUUUAUUUACACAAUAUGUUAAACAACUACUCUUUCUUCAUGAUUGUGUAUCACAAAAGAAUACACAAGAAAUGUCUAUGAGCAAUGUCAGCUGCUCUUUUAAUUUUGGGUGUAAAAUAUAACAAUAAUUUAACUAAAAGGUACAGCAAUUAAGCAGAAAAAUGUAAUUAUCAUACAGGUUACUUAUGCAAUAUACUACAUAUACUUUCUUUUUUUCCAAUUUAAUUUUUUCUGAACAAAGGUUUUUUCAGAAAAGGUUUUCUGGCCUACUAUCAUAUUGAGUAAUUAGAAUAAAAGGAAGCUGAUGUAUGUCUAAUGCACAUGCAAGAGUGCAGAGUGGAUUAAAGUAAAUGGAAGCAGUAGUAUUUGUGUUAAAACGUUGUUUGCAUGUUUGAUAAUGGCAAAAUAAAGAAAUUAGUGUUGAAAAUAA